CAGACUGCGACGGCGCACAGUUCCUCCUCGCCAGAAAAACGUCUCCUCCACACCUCCACCAGCCAGCACCACCAGGAUCAGGACCAGCACCGGCACCACACCAGGACCUGCAGCCAAUCUUAUAACGCGUCGGAGCGGACUACUCGUCCCCACUGAGCCCUCUCCUCCUCCGGCCCCAUGGCCGCCACCGCUGCCGCCACGCCCCCUCCACCCUCCCCCUGCAGGAGGUAACCCCCAACGGCUGGAUGAGAUGGACAACAGAAGUGAAGAGCGCCGCGCCGCGGCGUUCUGAUGCUGCUGGCGGUGAAGUGAUGCGUGCGGUGUGAAAGUUGACGUCAGCAGACGCACGCUCGCCGCCAUGCUGGUGACGAGCGGCCCGUCCUUAGCCAACGACAGCGGCAGCUCCGAUCCGUCCUCCGCUUCAGGACGCUUACCUUCCCUCGGCGAUGUUCCCCCUGCGCCCCCUUUGCCGCCGCCGCCCCCACCUCCGGCCGCUCCCCCGCCGCCACCUGCGGCCAGCGGCAGGAAGAAGCGGCGCGUGCGAAGCUUCUUCUGGAAGCCCAUCCCGGAGGAGAAGGUUCGAGAGAAGCCCAACAUUUGGACCAUGGCGGUGCGGCAGCAGCAGUAUCAGAUCGACGUCCGGUCUGUGGAGGAGCUGUUUGGGCAGCAGGAGGAGGGCGGGGCCGGGAGGCGGGGGACCACGACGACGGCAGGGAUGGCGAGCCAUGUCUCCCGAUCGAGAUCUUUCAAAGAGAGCGGCAAAGACGAGAUCAGCAUCCUGGACUCCAAGAGGGGCAUGAAUGUGGGGAUUUUCCUCAAGCAGUUCAAAAGGUCCAACCAUUCCAUUGUUGAAGAUGUACGGCGAGGAGACGGGAAGCUUUACGGCGCCGAGCUGCUCAAAGACCUGCUCAAGCUGCUGCCCGACGCAGACGAGAUGAAGAAGCUGCGGGCGUUUAAAGGCGACCCGGACAAGCUGACCCUGGUGGACUCCUUCAUGUACCUCCUCAUCCAGGUGCCACGGUUGGAGGUUCGCAUGGAGGCCAUGGUCCUAAGCGAGGAGUUCGUGCCCUCCUGCGCCGUGAUGAGUCAUGAGAUCCAUGUCGUGCGUGUCGCCACUCAAGAGCUGAUGAGCUGCGAGGAGCUUCACGCCAUCUUGCAUCUGGUGCUGCAGGCGGGGAACAUCAUGAAUGCGGGAGGAUACGCAGGCAACGCCGUGGGCUUCAAGCUGUCGUCUCUCCUCUCAUUGGCCGACACCAAAGCCAACAAGCCUGGGAUGAACCUGCUGCACUUUGUCGCCAUGGAGGCCAAGAAAAAGGACGAGAAGCUGUUGAAGUUUCCGGAAAAACUUGUGGACGUCCAGAGUGCCGCCAGGAUCUCUGCAGAGAACAUCGAGGUGGAGUUCUCAUCCUUAUAUGUUCGCAUCAAAACCCUGGAGGAGAAGGUCCAAGGUGACCCGGACUUGCUGCUGCAGUGGGAACCCUUCCUGCGGAGUUCGGCUGAGGCGCUCCAGGACCUGAAGCGCCGGCGCCUGGACCUGCGCAAAGAAGGGAACGCCCUCAUUGAUUUCUUUUGCGAAGACAAGGACACGUUCAAGCUGGACGAAUGCUUCCGCAUCUUCCAAGACUUCUGCAUCAAGUUCAAGAAGGCCGUCAAGGACAACGCAGACCGCGAGCAAAAAGAAACGGCGAGGCAGCGUCGCCUCAAGGAGUUGGAGGAGAAACGAUUUGCGUGGUCGGGCGAAGAUCACAAAGGAAUAUUCGCUCGGAGCAGCAGCGAGAACGACGUGGAAACGCUCACCAAGGAAGGCCUCAUGGACUUCUUCCAGCAGAGGUCCAAGAGUCCGCACAGUCCGCUGGGACGAUCCUGCAGCGCUCGGCGCCAUCGCCACACCCUGACCUCCAUAGCGGACCGUGAACUCCAAGGAUACCUGGAGCUGUUCGGAGGCUCUGAGGACUAUUCCAAAUGUAACAGUCUACCUCGGUCUGGCCGCGCCCUCCAACGAAAGACGACCCCUUGGAUCGUAACCCGGGGCGACGACCGCGAAUUGACUUCUCCUCAUGCAAACACGGAACCUCUCAGUCCUCUUGCUAGGUUUUCUUCUUCCUGGCACUACACCGACGAGGACCGAUGCAACAACAAUAGUUCCGCAUGUGUGUCGGAGGGCGGCUUUCUGCCUCGUUCAUUAAGCGACCGUCACUACCCGGCGGUUAGCGGCCGCAUGAACGUUAGCGUGGAGAAACAUACCUUAGUUUCAGGUCCUCAAGGUUUCACCCUUCCCAGUCCAAACAAUAACAGCAAAGACUUUGUGGACCAGGAAGGUGUUGAGGGCACAGACCUGGAAAAGGUCCAGCGUCCGCUCUCCGGCGGUCUGGACCUGGAUAAAUAUCCAUUUGGCGUAGAAGGGGUGGAACCACAAAUGGACCACGACCACGAAGACAAUAGCACGGUUUCAUCAACCACCUGUGGCACUCCGCUGCCAUUGGACACCCCGUUGUCCAAUAAGAAGCCGGUGUUUAAUGUCCUGGACUCCACGGAAGCCGACUGCUCCGUUGCACUCGAUUCCUCUGAGGCCGAAAGCUCAUCGCUCUCAAAAGAAGGACUUCGUAUCAGGACGGGUGACUGCAGCGAAGACCACAAAUCCACGGCCAGUGGUCAGCUUCCUGUGCCGAGAUCUGUGGACGCCGCCUCGGCAACGGCGCCCGAGUGGGAAUUGGAGAGCCGUGACUCCGCAGUAGCAAAGCAUGCUGGGGUAGAAGACCCACAGGGAGGCAGUAAAACCUCAAAACCGAUGCGUACAAACAGCCAGGGCAGGAAGUGCGGCGGCGGCCCCGGCGGAGGUGGCGUACGAACCUUAACCAGCAGCGAGAGCCAGGGUUUGCGGAAAGUGGUGCCCAUUACCAGGCUAACCAGGACAGGAAGUCGAAAGCAAGCAGACGGCGAGCAAAGCACGCCUCCAAGAGGACGGAGCGAGAGGACCUCCAGACCUCCUCGACACUCCAGUCUGCCUCCUGAUCAGUCCAAGUCCCAGAAGGUGUGCGUUUCCAGAUGUCCCUGCGAUCCGGUCCACAGGAAGCCGAGCGCCAAACCCCUCAGGAACAUCCAGAAACCUGCACCCGAGGAGAAGAUGUGCCGCUCCACCAUGAGGGCCCUGGCGCAGGCUCAAGUCCGCAGCGCCGCUUCCUCGGAAAACGGCAGCUCUCAGGCGCUAGCCUCCAAGACUUCACCCAAUGUCCCGAGCUUCGCACGGAACACUGUAGCAUCGUCUUCCCGGACCAAGAAAGACCCUGACGCCCCGUCCGCGUCCUCUCACGUUCCCUCCCUUUUCAAACGGCAGCCGUCUGUCCGGCAGACCAGAUCGGGACAGACGGUUCAGAACAGCCAGGAGCGACCCGGCGGGGUGACCCUGCGGAGAGUCCAAAGCGUCAGGGCGGAUAGUCGAAGUGCCUGCCGCAGCCAGACUCCGCCUCCCGCACGAGAGGACGUUAAAAAGAACUUGGUGACACCCAGCAAGACUGCAAAGCCCAGCUGGAAGUAGCAUAAAACCCACAAGAACUUAGUCUAAGAACCUGGUCUACAACGGACGUUAGUUAUCUCUGGUCUUCAGAGGACCGUCCGGUUGACGCCAGGACUGGGAAUUCCGUGUCUCUGUGUUCCGUGAAGCUAUGCGAUGUCAAACUCAAUCACGUAAUCCACCAAUUUGGGAUUAGCGUCCGAUCCUUUUUGGCUGCUUAGUCGUCCAACGGGAGGAUUUCCACUGCAGGAACUCAAAACCGGACUUAGGGGGGCCGACGUUUUGGGAUGUUUAAAUGACGUUGGCCUUUCGGAUCCUGAAAACAUAAACGUAACAUAGAACACAACCGAUAUUGUUUCCGUAGUUAGUAUUGGUAGUUUCCGAAGGUGGCCGAACCAUUUCAUAUUUCAUUUCUUACGCUAAUACGAAACAUGGCCACUGAGUUGGUGACGAUUACGAUUGACGGCGCUGAAAAACAAGACUGAUAACGGUUGUUUGCGAAAAUGGACUUUCGGUAUGAAGCGCCAUACGUUUUAGUCAUCAACCGAUAAGACGGUUGUCGUAGCGCUUAUGGUUAUCGUACCGACGAUCGUGAUCGUAGCGUUUAUCGUGAUCGUAGCGGUUCUCGUUAUCGUACCGACGAUCGUGAUAACAAGCUAAAGCUAGUUGUGAGUAUUACGAUGUUUGCCAGGAUUUUGAUGCCUGACGGUUAAGACGGUUGUCGUAGCGCUUAUCGUUAUCGUAGCGUUUAUUGUUAUCGUUGCGCUUAUCGUUAUCGUAGCGUUUAUCGUGAUCGUAGCGCUUAUCAUGAUCUUAGCACUCAUCGUUAUCGUAGCGCUUAUCGUGAUCGUACCGACGAUCAUGAUAACAAGCUAAAGCUAGUUGUGAGUAUUACGAUGUAUUGCCACGAUUUUGAUGCCCGACGAGUUCCUGCGGAAGAAAUCCGCCCGCGUUGUCGUGUACAUGCUAGCUAUUGUAACGUAUCCCGACAAUAUCGCGCUGCGAUUAGACGCACGUGCUUCGUGUCUCCGUUGGCCUUUUUUUUACCGUUUGCUUCUGCAUGAUGACGACACUGCUGUAGAUUCUCAGUGAUAUCAACUACAAUAACGCGUCAUGCUAGGGGUGUCCAAAGUACGGCCCCGUUUUGGAGCGAGAACACAAAGCUAAGGUCUAGCUGGUCUGGAGACCAGCUACCAGCAUGACCAGCAUAUGUUGUGUUGUCGUUCUGGUAUGCUGGUACGCUGGUCAGACCAGACGUUAACAACCACCACGAAUACUGGUCUACUGGUCUACUGGUGUAUGGUCAUGCCGGUUGCGGGUCUAGCCUGGUUUUUCCAGCGGCGUCAGCUCGUUGACGGCUAUUUUUCUGUGGAAAAAGUUCAGACACCCCAUCGUUAUGCAAAACUGCGGUAUUCAUUUGUGCCUCGUGUAUUAGCUUGUAAAUGUUUUAUUGGGAACGCCUCCAUGCUGUCAUGGAGAAGACGCGCGUGUCGGCACAACGCCCAUGCUAGUGACAAAUAGCAUGGAAGAUAAAUAAUCGACAUUUCUCUUUCAUUUUGGGGACAUUUUCACUGUGAAUGUAGCGCCUCAUUUAUUUAUCCCAUGCAGGACCUGGCAGGACGAGGCGAUUGUUACUGUAUGCAGCUUUAAACUCAACACUAUCAAGCAUUUACACUGGACACAAAAUUAGGUACGCUUAAUGAGCUUUUUCGUCUUUUGGAAAAGCGAUUUUAUUGUUGCGGUCAACGAUGAUGAUGAUGAUGAUAAUUGUGAUAAUUGUGUGUGCGUUUGUCCUGUUGUUGUGUUAUUGUUGUAGCAGGAGUAUUAGGGCCCCGAUGAAAACAAUAUAAAAUAUAUAUACUACAUAUAUAUCAUAGUAAUAUCACAAGAAACAAUUCUUAAAAAGAAGCCAAGAAAUGUCUUCAAAGAAAAAGCUUUGGUUGAUGUUACGGCUUUAUUCUCAAAAAAUGAAAACCUUUGUCUUGUAACAUUAUGAUUAUGAUGACUUUAUGAUCAUAAAAUUUGACUUUUUAGACUUUACCUCAUGAUAUUAUUAUAUUAUUCCUGCAAAAUUCUAAGUCCUUAUCUUUCCCCAUAAAGAUCAAACAUGUUUGUGAUGGUACAAUAACCUUAUUCUUUCUUUAUUUGUGAUUUUAUUCUUCAAAUAUUCAUAUUUACACUUUAUUCUGGUAAUAUUACAACAUUUUCCUUAUUAUAUUAAUGGUGCGUUUCAGUAUGUUACAGUAAUUAUUUUUUGUAUCAUGUUGUUUCAUGUCAUAUUAAUACAUUUUCUUCUAAGUUAUGACUCUAUUCCCAUGAUAUUAUGACUUUUUUUAUAUACAAAUUAAAUUUCUUUCAAUUAUGAAUUCAUUCCCAUUAUACCAACUUUUUUUCUUGUGAUAUUACCAACGUAUUUUCUCUCAAUGAUCAAUUAUCAAUUAUUAAAUUAUGACUCUAUUCCCAUGAUAUUAUGACUUUUUAUAUACAAAUUAAAUUUCUUUUAAUUAUUCCCAUUAUACCAACUUUUUUUCUUGUGAUAUUAGAAAUAUAUUUUCUCUCAAUUAUCAAUUUUUUCAACUUUUUUUGUUAUAAUAUUCUUGUAAAGGUACUGCGAUACUGCCAUGAUAUUUGUAAUUCCUUCCCAUAAUCCUUUGCGUCUUUUGCGGCCCUGAUCCUCCUUGCUGCUAAGUUUUUCUUGUCAGGUCAGCUCGAAGUGUUUGUUUGCGUGUCUCUGCCUUUCGAAUCGUUCCCACCGGCGACUGCCUCUCUUUGAAGUGCAUCGUGCCAUCGUCACCGUGGCAACGACGCGGCAAACAGCCUGUUGCCUUAAAGCAUCAUUAUCACCGUCACCGUCCAUCCUUCAGGUUUUUUACAAACAUCUCAGUCACUUUGUUGUACAUAAUGGAAAGACAUAGUAUUUUUAUGACUAUUAAAGCUUUAUAUGGCAGCACGACCGUGUGUGUGUGUGUGUGUGUGUGUGUGUGUGUGUUUCUGCCAUGUAAAUCCAGCUGUUGGACAAUGUAUGUGGAUGUGGCAGUGGUGUCAUUAGGCUUAUAUUGGGGGUCUUCAGCACCCCCUAAAAUGUUCUUAAGCCCCCUAAAUAUUUUUUUUUUUUUAUUGAUUUUCAAAAUUUUUUUU